GGAGUACUGAAGCACCCGUUAAGGAACAGAAUAUCUGACCAGCGUCAUGGGUCGUUUCUCCUUUAUUGAAUACUGAAAUAAAGGGACAACGUUUCUAAAAGGUCCUCGUUGUGGCGUAGUGACUCGCCUCAAUCCAGGUGGCGGAGGACGAAUCUCAGUUGCCUCAGUUUUUGAGACCGUCAGUCUGCACAUAUUAUCUCGUAUCACGUAGGCUUAUUGAUCUCACCUGAAGAACACAACCUCAUUUAGGAAUACAAUUGGAAAAAAAAUAUAUACACUUGCAAUCAUGCCACUGGUCUUGCAGCCCUCCCGUCUCAUGUGGGCACGUUUGACAGCUCUGGUUUUCACAUGUGUGGCAUUUAGUGUGGCCUCCCAUGGAGGGUCACUCUUUGGUGGCAUGGGUGACUUGAGUGUGUUCUGCUGGGCUUUUAGCUUCGCUGGCACCUUACUAGUUUUAUUUGUGGAGCUCAUGGGUCUACAGUCACGUGCCCCUGUGUCCUGGACAAACUUCCCCAUUACAUUUGCCUGCUAUGCUGCACUCCUCUGCCUGUCCGCUUCCAUCAUCUUCCCCCUCUACUUCCUCAAGGGCAAUCAGAGCCGCGGUGAGAUCCGGGACCACAGAACUGCCGCCUCUGUGUUUUCCUGUCUGGCCACUUUGGCAUACCUGGUGGAGGUGAGUCUGGCACGGGCACGACCAGGGGAAGUGGCUGGAUACAUGAAAACAGUUCCAGGCCUGCUGAAGGUGUGCGAAACCUUUGUGGCCAGCGUCAUAUUUGUGUUCGUUAGUGAGCCCGUUUCUUAUGACAGUCACUCUGCUAUGAAGUGGUGCAUGGCCGUCUAUUGCAUCUGUUUUGUGAUAUCAGCCACAAUCGUGGUGUUGUGCAUUGGAGAAUGUACUGGGUGUCUCCCUUUCCCAUUUGCAAAGUUCCUUUCUGCGUAUGCCCUACUGGCUGUUGUAAUGUACCUCACUGCCACAAUUAUUUGGCCAGUGUUCAAGUUUGACAGCCAUUAUUCCAGAACAUCCAGCAGACCAGUCAAUUGUCAGGACAGCCCAGGUAUGUGUCCUUGGGAUAAAUUGGUCGCUGUGGCUGUUCUCACCGCACUCAAUUUCCUGAUCUACCUGGCAGAUCUGGCAUAUUCUGCCCGACUGGUGUUUGUCACCGCAUGAGAGAAGCUAUCAUCUUUUUUUGACCAUUGAUGUUAAAAUCUUUGAAAGCGAAAGAGUUGCGGUAGCCCUUUAUGCCAAGUUUCUGGUGCAUGAGGAAAAUGCCCAGUAAAUAAGAUUGUAUUAUUGUAAAAAUGUAUGUGACUUUUAGAUUUACUAUGGGCAUGUUCCAAAACUUAGAUAGCUGCCUCCUGCCUGCAGCUGUCUUCUAUGGCAGCAUCCUUACUGAAAUGAUGCCUCAGUAAUAAGAGACCGAUUUGGAAUGCUUUACAUAGCUCCGCGCAUCUUUCAAAUAGACUAGCAAUUGAUUUUAACACAGGUGACGCGAGAGAAAUGACACAAUCCUCUAAUAAGCAUAAUUACAUAUAAACAUAUAAUACAUAUAGCACACACAUUUUAGGUAAAAUAAACUAUGUUUCCAUCCAAGGAUUUUUUGCGGAAAAAGUUUUAGCGCAUCAAAAUAAAGCUGAUAGAAAGGAAAUUAUCGCUAAAAUUUCACAAGUUUCGACAUAAUAUUUUUCCGUUUAACUCUAGCACAUAAACUCUGUGUCGAUAUAUCAAGUGUCACGAAAAACUGGUUUGGAAACACUUUUUGUCGAGGAAAUUGGCAUUAACGACAAUUUCUGUCACAUGACAGAAUUUACCCCAACCGUUAGCCUAUGUUAAUCAUGACAACAAGGCAUACAUCCUUGAAAGCCAAUUUAUUGAACGCGAUUAUGGAUUGAUCUUAACGGCAUAUCACAGAUCCGAUGUUGCAAACAUGAUACUUCCAGGAGUGCCAACACAAAUAUCUCGUAUCAUGCACAUCGACAAGUGCACGGAGAAUUGCACAAAGAUGUUUUAAAUGAAAAAUAAAUACACAAUUCUAGGAGAAAAGCUUGUUUUUUUAACACUAACAUAUAGCCCAAUUCUGUUAAAUUAUUGUUUAGUUUACUUUUGAAAAAAUGCCGGCCAAAUCCCCUAUAUUAAAUAAAAUAAAUUACCAAAUGAAAAAAGCAUUACAUCAAAACAAUUCAUUACCAAAUGAAAAAAUAUAUAUUUUUUUAGACCUAUAUAUGCCUUUUAUUUACACAAACUUAAAUUAGCCAUACCCUGUUCUGUAGACCAAAAAAGUCGGCUGAAUGACAUUCUCAGAAUGUUCUAGACUUUGUUGCUAGACUAGACUGCUCCAUUUUGAUUGCAAUUUCUCAUCUGAUUGCUUUUAUUUAUGAAAUUAAAAUGACGGUUAGCUGGCUAAUUUCAAUGAAUUGUCUCAGUACUCUCCCCAUUUUACCAAAAUUUCAGAGGAAAGAGAUUAGGGACAUCUGGGAUGUAAAUUAUCGAUAAGCACACAUUUCUGUAUGGAAACGGCUUCAGGGCAGAUUUCUUUUGAGAUAAACCAAAACUUAUGCGACAAAGUGUUUUUUUAGGCAUGAUGUCAUCACGCACACUAAUUUUAUCGAUAAAAGGCCAUUUGAAUGGAAACAGGCAGAAGACGGCAAAAUAGCACGAAAAGUGGAUGAAACUAGGCUAUAGUCAGUUUUGUAUCAUAUUAAACUCAUAUUUAUCGAUACUUUUAAGUAUUCAAUGGAUUAUAAAUGUAUCUAUGAUCUAAAUUCCUCUCGCUUUGUCCGGCAUUUUGGAUUUAUUUGGAUUGGAUUUAUUUUUCCACCGAGCUCAUCAUGUUACAUACUGGUACAUACAGGAAGGACAAUGUUACCUUAGAAUUUGGCCAAAACAAUAUAUAUUAGUUGGUGGUAUAAUUAAGAUACCUACAUUUUGGAAUAGCUUUGUGUCUAUGAUGUCUUAAAAUUCUGCCUCCGGAGGAUGCUCACUAGGUUUUGGAACAGACCCACUGUGUUUUCUCUAUGUACAUCUGCUGCCUUAUCUAAAUCCAAAUUGCUGUAUUCAAACACUGUUCCUUUUUUUGCUGUUUUACGUAACAUGAAACUUGUUUGUCACAUACACCAGUCAUAUGGUGGUUUUGUGAUUUUAAAGACAUUUUGAUCUUAUGGUUUAUGCUCUUAACAGUCCCAACAGGAUUUUACAGUAUUUUAAUUUAAUUACUGAGGCCCAAAUUGACUGAAUUUGCUGUGGCUUUUCUUAAAAAUUGUGAUUCAAUGUGGCAUUUGUUUUUAUUGUUUUACAAUAAAGAAUUAAAAAUUAAAAUAGUAUCGGAUAGUUGUGUAAUGACAGCAGAAGUUAAAUUACCUGCAAAUAUUGCAGUGCUUAAUAACUGAAUAUGAAGUAAGCAAGCAAAUAUAAUAAAUACACACAAAACAGGAUACAUAUAAGAGGUGAAAUCCAUCAGAUGUUGUAGAUAAUAUGAGAUUAAUAGAAGAACCAUAAUUAUUUUUAUUUAAAAGAUUUCAUCCGGACAAUGCAAGUAAACUUUGACAUGGUUAAAAUGUAGACCUACAAUAAAAAUAUAAACUAAAUACACAGAGAAUGAGGAUUCAGUAAUGAUGGGGAUGCAAGAUGUUUUAUUAAACAAAAAAAUAAUAUGGAGUAAUAACAACAGUGCUAUAUGGGGAAAAAAUAUCCUUGUUGCAGACUUGAGGGUUGUUCCAUAAAACAAGAUUAGAAAAUAAGCCAGGCUUAUUUUGGUUAGUCAGACUUAUUGUCGGUGAAUUCUGUUUCAUAAAGCAAACUUAAAAUAGUUCAAACUCAGUUACCCUGGAAACUUAUGCUGGGAAACUAGCCUGGUCCGGGGCAGGCUAACUGUCAGGCUAAGCCUGAAAGGAUGCUUAACCAGAAUACCGUUUUAACACUGACCCACUGGGAAUGUGAUGAUAUUACAUCGGACUCUCUGGCAUGCUGCCAUUUUAUUUCAUGUAACCACUAUCAGUCCAACAAUGAAAACAAAUGCACUUUAAAAAUAAAUGUAAUACAUUCGAACAUACAAAAAGUGAAACAAAUGUAAAUUAAAGGUAGGCCUAUUUGUUUAGUUGGUGUGAUUUUUGUAAUGAAUCAAUUAAAUGUCUAUAAAUAGGGAGCUCCACCCAUAUGUGUAGGAGGACGCAUAUAGUCAUGGCGUGUCCUUUCAUUGAUGAGGUGGUGGAUGAGGGAGCGAUAAUCAUACGCAGGGCAUUUCAGAGAGAACGUACUUUCAGGGACAGGGCAGACCCGUUGGCUUUUUCUGACUACUACCUGCAUGAGCGGUAUAGAUUCUCGAGGGAAGGGAUAGCAUAGAUUACUGAGCCCACACAUCGCAAAUAGCACACGGCGCAAUAAAGCGCUCACAGUCCCACAGACUGUGUGCAUUGCACUUCGGUUUUUUGCCAGCGGAUCAUUUUUGUACACAGUUGGAGAUGCAGAGAAUAUCAGCAAAGCAUCGGUUUGCCGCUCUGUACGAAUUGUGUACCUGUCUUCAAAAAAAAUACUUAAUGUGUUCAUCACCUUCCCUGGCCACAGAGCGAUUCACAGUAUUAAACAGGCCUUUUAUGGAAUCGCUGGUAAGUUCAAAUAAGAACUAUAUAGAAAAUGGAAAUAUUUAUUGUCUGUUAAUGUAAGACAGGCAAUUGACAGACAAACACUUAACUUUUGUAGCUUUCCCAAAUGUUAUCGGAGCUCUGGACUGCACCCACGUGCGCAUAAAGCGCCCGUCUGGUCCGCAUGAAGCAGACUUCGUUAAUAGGAAAUCAUUACACAGCAUCAAUGUACAGGUACAGUCCCACUGAGAUUAUAUUGUAGGCUAGAAGCGACUGUUCUUUACAAUAAGCUGGGCACCAGUGUUCUAUUCAUUGCAAAUGCAUUAACAAUUCUAUUUAUAUAUAUCUAUGUAAGUCCAAUGUAGUGACCUACAUUUUUAAUUAUUUAGAUGAUUUGUGAUGCAGAUUGCAUCAUCACAAAUGUAGAGGCAAAAUGGCCUGGCUCAGUGCAUGAUUCCAGAAUCUUUCGGGCCUCUUCUCUUUCCCACCAACUGGCACAAGGUCAAUUCUCAGGAGUUUUGCUGGGAGACAAGGGAUA